AUGUCAUUGUUGGAUAUUAGUGCUCGUUGUGUUGGUGAGUAUGUGCCAUUUGAAAUGGUGGAACGCCACUUUCAACCGCGAAUACCGGAGCCGGUACAAAAACGUAUAGUAUAUUGGUCAUUUCCUCGUUCAAUAGACCAAGUAGCUAUUUACUCAACACUAGCAAACGAUGAUAGUGGUAGAUGUAUACCAUUUCAGCAUGGAUUAGAAUUAUUAGAAAAAGACUGUGUCAAGAAUGUCUUACAGAUCGGUUUCAGUCUGACAGGAUCUGUUGUGGACAACGUCAGUUAUUCGCGUUCUUCUAAUCUGGAGAUGAUGAAUGUAUUUGGGAAUCAGUCCAUUAUCACUCAACGUGUUUCUAUCUCAUUCGAUCGUUGCACUAUUACAUCAGUUACUUGUUCUUGUUCUACUAUGGAUAUGCUUUGGUGUGCACAUGUCGUUGCUCUAGCAGUAUAUAGAAUUCGAUUUCCAGACAAAAUAGAACUUCGCUUGCCAAUAUCAGAAACUUUAUUGGAUAUGAGCCGUGAACAAUUACAAAAAUUUGCUUUACAUUUAAUUGCCGAAUAUCACACCGACGUUCUGCCAAUGGCACAAAAGUUGGCUGAUGAGCUUCUGGGAUCAGAAGAAGCCGCAAUAAAUAAAACCAAUGGCGCGCCAGAUCCGACUGCUGGUGCUGCAGUUGGAGAUGAUCACGAUUGGUUUUUAGAUGUUAACCAUGUUGAAACGCGAGUUAAAAAUUUUCUUUCGCGUGGUAUCUAUUAUAGAUCUAAUCAGGAGUUGUUGUCAAUGUUUGCAAAGAUCGAAGAGUUGCAGAAAGCAGCAGACUCUAAUGGACCGCGAAUGUUAACUAUAAUCACUGAACAAUUGCUUGUGGAUUCUCGAUUAAAGCAAUGGACGACACAACAUAUGCCCAUGGCUCAAAAAUGCCGUCAGAUUUGGGAUAGAUUAAGUAAGCUGUGGGUAAGCGUAGUUUUAAAUCCUGAAGCACCAGCAGAAAGUAUUCAAAAGUGGAAGUGGAUGCUACAAGAAUGGAGUCAACGAGAUUAUUGUCCGAAAGAAUUUGAUGAAUAUCGCGUACUGCCUCAUGCUACAGACAAUACAGAUUCUGAAGACGAUGAUAGCAGUUUUUUAUAUGAAAGAAAUAGAUUAAAUAGACUUCGAGAUGACAGAUCAAGCAUUACUCUCAAUUCUAGAAGUAUUUUUGAUAACGCCAUUGAAGCUUGUAACCUUGAUUGGGAGAGUUCGGCCCUUCGUCGUAUCAUCGCUGGAGAGUCGGAAUCACUUUUAUCAAAUUUAUUAGAGGAUUAUAAUCAAAAUAAUAAAGGCGAUUUUGGUGUUUGGAGAGAAAAUCUGUUUAUUGCAGCAUCACGUGUGCAGUCGCUAAAGAUUCAUGGAAACACUGAAGGAGCUUUACGUUUAGCUAUUGCAAUAGUUAAUGGUAUGAAAGAAAAGCUGCAGAGACCGAAACGUAAACAUGAUAACGAUGGCGUCGAUGAGAAUUAUAAAGAUAAUUGGAUUGGUCAUCCUUUAAAUCUAGUUGAUACUGUAUUCGAUAUACUUAUUCAGGCAUCUACAGUUGCAAGUAUUUAUGGUCACAUUAUGGAAAACACAUGUUCACAUAUUGGUAAAACAAUUAAACAUAUCCGUGUGCAGAAUAGCAAUGAUAAAUCUUAUCUGUCCCUCGCAUACGAAUUCGCUCUAAUCGCCUUAAGUCAGCAGCGUCGAAUGCCAAGCAAUUGCAACGCACAAGAACUUAUGAAGAAACAGGAAGAAGCCUUGUUAUGUCGUCUAAAAAAUGUAGAAAUGGAUAGUAUUUUACAAGUUGUACUUCGUAAUCAUGUUCAAAUGCUACUGAAAGAUGACUUCCCUUCAUCACUUAGUGCUUACGUUGAUCGGAAUUGUUUAGCAAUGCAUUCCUUUGCUCAUUAUCUUUUCAAUUCACUAGUUGACCGUGAACAAGAAUUAGCUUUUCAAGUUGGUUUUAGGUCAGUUAGAUUGCCUUUAGAUAUGAGGAGAGAUGGUAACUGGGCAGAUCAAGAAGUGGAAUGGUAUAUAGCUCCACAUGUCGAAAGUUGUCAAUAUAAAUUAGCUGGAACUAUGUUACAGGCUUCACAAAGCUACCCUGACAAACUAUUGGGGGUACUCCAGGCAAUAAUUAAUCAUAUACAGAAUGUAAAAUACCUCUUUAAGUUAGCCAAAGAUGCUAUGCAAUUAGCACUUCGUCCGUUUAGUUCGCGAAUGGUCGGUUUGCAAAGUGCAAGGGAUGAAGACAUGCUAAAUUGUAGCUUUAAAAUUGGACUACAGGUUUGUAGAUUAACACUUCAUCAAGCAAAUAAUACCAAACGAACGGACAUGGUUAGAUGGUUGGUUACGUGUGCAGUUGAUGUUGGUAUUGAAGCGUUGCGGACAUUAAUGGAAUUGUGGCGAUCUCUUUUUACACCAAAUGAAGCUACAAGUGUGCUAGUUCUUACAAUCUUAUCAACUUCAACUUUAAAUCAGUUGCAACUGUGUCGUUUACGUGAAAUGGAAUUAGUGUCAUGUGCACGUAGAUUAGCAUUAGAAUGCUCUCGUGAAGAACCUCAAAGUUGUUGUUUAAAUGCGUUAAAAAUUUGUCGAAAAGAUUUAAAUGAUUUCAAUGAGGCCUAUGAAAUUGUAGUUCAAAAUUUCAAUGUAAUUCCGUUGAUUGAAUUAUUUGCCAUUGCACGCUUCUUCGAUAACUGUGAGGUAUAUCGAGCUUAUCGAGUUGCUCUUUUGGCUAUGCGACGCGUUAACCUUGCACAUAAUCAAGAAACUCAUUACAUUGUAAGCGAUGUUUAUUGGGCUUGCUCCUUAGCUCAUUCAAUUGGCAAGCCUGAGUUGACGAAGAUGAUACAGUUUGUUAUCAAAGGUGUACAUUGCGCGCCGGUAUUGGCUGAUAUAUUGCGUAGAUGUGCAACUCCGGCUCCUAGCGUUUGUAUUAUAGGAGGAAAUGGCCAAAAAUUAAUAUCAUAUAAAAACGAGCCUCUGAAUUUACUGUUGGAUGCUGCGAUUAAUUGCUAUAUAAACACUACGCAUGAACGCCUGGCUCAUAUUAGUCCUAGGCAAUACUCUGAUUUUAUCAGCUUUCUAUGUAAAGCAAGGGACACAUUCUUAUUAGCUGAAAAUGGCGAAUUACAGUUUCAGCAACAUUUAAUUCGAUUAAAAUCACUAUACAAAGGCAAGAAGAAAUUAAUGGCAUUGGUUAUGAGCCAAUUUGGAGAAUUCCUUAAGUUUUGA